AUGUCAACUCUCUUUGAGAAGGCCAAAGAAGCCUUGGGAGGUGCAGACUCUGGACUUAAAGGUUUCGAGAGUGCAACUGGUAUUCCUAAUCGAUUCCUUCUCCCUAAGGGUAAUGAACAGGGUCUGGAAUUCGACCUUGUUGUAGCCGUGACUGAUGGCGCAGCCGAUGCAGCAGUGGAUGGACUCCACGAAAAUACCGAAUUCAAUCACUACGGUUCCCAUGGAAAAUACCCUGACAAUCGCCCACAUGGCUUCCCUCUGGAUCGCAAGGUUCCCGAUGAACGUGUAUUCGAAGAUCUUCCAAACUUUGGUCACAUCCAAGUUAAAGUCUUCAAUCAUGGCGUACAUAUCCAUCAUUAGGAAACUCCAUUUCAAUAACAGUUCUUUAUAGAUUUAAUGAUGAAAUGUGAUCUGCUAUUUAACAGCUAAUGGCCCAAGUGAAGUUUUCACCCAUGGUCAGCAUACUCCCCAUCAUUGAAGUUAACCACCAGUAAUGCGAUAUAUGAUUUUUGUUUUGGUGUUGACGGUGAAGAUAUGUAUCCCACAAUUUCUGUAUGAAGAGCAAAUAAAAGAUAUUGCAAUCAAAA